UCCUCCCCGGUGCUGCAUUUCAGGAUGAUCCGCCCAGGAGCGCAGGCAGGGACCCUGCGGGCACGUGGCUGCUGACACCGUGGCUCUGGCAGCCCCCGGCCGCCCACCUCCCCGCGAGCUGCCAGCGGCCGCUGCCCAUGCGGAGGUGCCGGGCGCGCUGGGGACAGCCGCAGCUCCGCUCCCCCAUGGCAGACCUGCAUGGUGUGGGUGCCCCUGAGGACCGCCAGGACUGACCGCCGGGCCCCCCUGCGUGCCAACCGCUGCGCCAACAUGUCUGUGGAGUGGCUGACGGACUGGAGCUGGUCCCUGGACGGCCUCCGGGAUUUCAUCGCCACGGGCAUCCAAUCCUUCCGGGACUGCGACGCCACCGCCCUGGCCACCGUCGCCUGCCUGCUGGUCCUGUUCGUGUGGUACUGCUACCACGUGGGGCGGGAGCAGCCCCGUGCCUACGCCACCGUCAACGCCCUGAUGCAGAGCGCCGAGGCCAACGGCGUGCAGAACGGGUACGUCUACUGCCACUCGCCCGAGUGCGUGCGCUGCACGCACCACGACGGGCUCAACCAGAAACUCUACCACAACCUGCAGGAGUACGCCAAGCGCUACUCCUGGUCCGGCAUGGGCAGGAUCCACAAGGGCAUCCGCGAGCAGGGCCGCUACCUCAACAGCCGGCCGUCCAUCCAGAAGCCUGAAGUCUUCUUCCUGCCGGACUUGCCGACCAUGCCCUACUUCGCCCGGGACGCUCAAAAGCACGAUGUGGAGUUGCUGGAGCGCAACUUCCAGACCAUCCUGUGCGAGUUUGAGACCCUCUACAAAGCUUUCUCAAACUGCAGCCUCCCGCAAGGAUGGAAAAUGAACAGCACGCCCAGCGGGGAGUGGUUCACCUUCUACCUGGUGAACCAGGGCAUGUGCGUGCCCAGGAACUGCAGGAGAUGCCCACGGACGUACCGCUUGCUCGGCAGCCUUCGCACCUGCAUUGGCAACAAUGUCUUUGGGAACGCUUGCAUCUCCGUGCUGAGCCCGGGCACCGUCAUUGCGGAGCACUACGGACCCACCAACAUCCGCAUCCGCUGCCACCUCGGUCUGAAGACCCCCAGCAACUGCGAGCUCGUGGUGGGGGGCGAGCCGCAGUGCUGGGCGGAGGGGCGCUGCCUGCUCUUCGACGACUCCUUCCUGCACACCGCCUUUCACGAAGGUCCCCCAGAGGAGGGUCCCCGCGUGGUCUUCAUGGUGGAUCUGUGGCACCCCAACGUGGCAGCCGCCGAGCGCCAAGCCCUCGACUUCAUCUUUGCCCCGGGACGCUGAGGGCGCUGCCUCGCUGUGGGGGUGAGGGCAGCCGGGACCCGGCUUCGUGCUGACGGCGCCGCCGCAGCCCCAGCGCCGCAGGGGAGGCCGCUCACGGCACGCGGCACUGGGGGCUCCCCUCCGGGUUCUUGUAAAUGGAAACGUCGACGUGUAUCAACGCCCAUCUCCUCCCGCCCAUCGCUGGCUUCAGGGAUCCUUUUCCACCACGACGGUGCAUUUCCUUCCCUCCGUGGUUAGACGCAGCACCGCUCCUCUUCGUGUUAUGUCGCUACCGUGUUUUGCAGUGUUCAGAAGUAGAGUUACCAGGGUGUUUGUUUGAAUGUGAUAGUGUAAAAUUUCUCGUGGCCAUCAAAAGGACAACGCUCCCGCAGCCGACCAGCGAAGCAGCCGACCAGCGGCGUGCUGCGCUCAGCCUGCCCCCGUCCCGUUGGCAGGGCCGUGCGGACGGGCGGGCAGCAGCAGGCACCGAGCACCUCCCAGCA